AUGAAGUUUGUUUCCCGCAGGAGGCGACGACCUCCGUUUCUCAAGCUGGACAGAUUCUUACAACAGGUGAAAACGCCACCGAACAAAACGUUCGUCGUUUUCAAGAUCAAAAGUUACUCGUUUAAAGACGCGGACAGGGAAUUCAAUAAAAUAACGAAGGCGUUACGGACCGAUUUGGAUAAAGACUAUUCUGUUGUUACUAGUGUGGCUGUGACCAGUAUGGGAUCUGCUGUUAUAUGUAGGACAUUGUGCGAGUUGCAGGCUGCUGUUGAGGAGGUGUGUGAAGACCUCCAGCAGGACGGUGUGAUGAUGUUCAUCAUGAGAGAGGAGAUCACAUCAUCAUGUAUGAAGAGUCUGAGCAGACGUGUACUUGAAGCCUCAGACCCAGACGUUCCUCACACAUACAGGUCUUCCUCAAGGUGCUGUGAUCAAUCUAACCCAUCUUCUGUCCUGGCGUCUAAUGGUGUCACAGAGCAUGAUGUCAUCUACGUGACUCUUUCUCUCUAUCACACUGCUGGCUUCCUCAUCGGGUUCAUGGGAUGUGUGGAGACCGGUACAUCACUCUCCACGUCCCUCAGGUUCAAGUUUUCUGCGUGUCAGUUCUGGGACGAGUGUCGGACGCAUGACGUGAGAGUGAUUCAGUAUAUCGGAGAGGUUCUUCCCUAUCUCUGUAACACACCAGAGAGACUAGUCGAUAAGGAACACGAUGUGCGUCUGGCCAUCGGCAAUGGAUUCCGUGCAGAUGUGUGGAGGAAAUUGCUCCAGCCAUUUGGGAGUAUUGAAGUGAGGGACUUCUACGCCUCCGUGGAGGGAAACGUGGGUUUUGUCAGCUUCGCCGGACGGGUCCGAGCCGUCGGACGCAUAAGUUGCCUGCAUAAAGUAGGGCUAAACUCUAAAUACGACACAGAGCGAGACGAGCCGCUCAGAGACGCCAGAGGCCUGUGUGUGGAGGUGCCUAAAGGGCAAACGGGUGUGCUGGUGUCUGAGAUAACAGUAUUGUCUCUGUUUGUGGGAUAUGCUCAAAACCAGCGUCAGAGUCAGAAGAGGUUACGUGAUGUUUUCAGGGCCGGCGACGUGUAUUUCAACAGUGGAUAUCUACUGAAAAUCGAUCUGUACGGAUUCAUCUACUUCCAGGACCGAGUCGGAGACACAUUCAGGUUGAUUGAUGGUGAUUCUGUGUUCAGGUGGAAGGCAGAGAACAUUUCCACCGCCGAGGUUUCAGACAUCAUUAGUUUGCUGGAUUUGGUGGAGGAGGUGAAUGUUUACGGAGUGAGAGGUCCAGGUUUGGAAGGAUACGUGGGAAUGGCUGCGGUGAAACUCAGGAAUGGAUUGGAGUUUGAAGCCACCAGAAUGAUCAAUCACAUGUGUGGUUUCUUGCCCGCUUACGCACGACCUCGUUUUAUACGAAUUAGGGUGAAAUCAAUCUCACGAGACGAUUUGGAGCUGGUGGAAGCCGGAUUUAACCCCACCGGGACUUCAGACUCGAUGUACUUCAUGUGUGAACGCGAGAAGAUGUUUGUCUCUUUUAGCCUCAUCUAUCAGCAGAUCUUCUCCGGCAGCAUCAGACUUCAACAUGUUUGAGUUCUUAUCAUCAGUACCAUCAUGUGUCAAUAUGUUACUGUUGUUGUUAUUGUUUUGGUGAUUAAUAAAGAAAGUCCAUUGAGCAAGUGCAUAAAUAAAAGGCGUCUCCUUAUCUUACUCUGAUCUUUAAACAGAGAGAUUUGUAAUGUGAUUCAUUUGAGCUCAUUUCAUGGGUCAGAUUCACUUCAACACAAGAUAUACAGUAUAAAGUUCUUCAUAAAGAUUUAGAGACAAAGGUUAUAGAU